AUGGCUGGCUCUUAUGAUCGCGCAUUAACUGUUUUUUCGCCGGAUGGGCAUUUAUUUCAAGUUGAAUAUGCUUUAGAAGCUGUUAGAAAAGGAACCUGUGCGGUGGGAGUCCGUGGUGAGGAUUGUGUUGUUCUCGGUGUUGAAAAAAAAUCUGUUCUUAAAUUACAAGAUCCACGUACUGUACGAAAGAUUGUCAUGCUAGAUGAUCAUGUAUGCAUGGCAUUUGCUGGUCUUAGUGCAGAUGCAAGAGUUCUUGUUAACAAAGCUAGAAUAGAAUGUCAAAGUCAUAGACUUACUGUUGAAGAUCCCGUAACUGUUGAAUAUAUUACACGUUACAUUGCAGGUGUUCAACAGAAAUACACACAAAGUGGUGGUGUACGUCCAUUUGGCAUCUCAACACUUAUUAUUGGAUUUGAUGCUAAUGAUAAGGUACCAAGACUUUACCAAACUGAUCCAUCUGGCAUAUAUUCAGCAUGGAAGGCAAAUUCGAUUGGAAGGAGUUCAAAAACUGUUCGUGAAUUUUUGGAAAAAAAUUAUAAAGAAGGUUUAUCAAAAGAUGAAACUAUAAAAUUGGCUGUUAAAUCUCUCUUAGAAGUUGUGCAAACUGGUGCCAAAAAUAUUGAGAUUGCAGUGAUGACUAAUGAUGCUAUAAUUAAGGUAAACAACACUUUAACAAUUUUUGGUAUUAUUACUAUUACCAGAUCUUUAUAG